AUGCGCAUCACCUGCUCUGCUAUCGAUUUCCCAUUGUACAAUUUGUUGUGCCUUGGCGCUAUUUGGAUAGGUGUUACAUCUGCACUACCAUCAGCGGAACUACCCGACCAUGGAUCGGCAGCGGCAGCGGGAAGCCUGAACUCAAUAAUAUUGGAGCCAAACUCUAACUCUGGUACAUCAACAAAUGCUGCGCCUCCGCCGGCUGUCCGAUCACGCCCUCUUAACUUGAUACCUUCGCGGCCUAUUCAGUCUACCCUCAGCAGUCUGUCCUCCACAUUAGGGCCCAUAGCUCUGACGGUACCUUCACCCGUUAUCGUCACAACAGCGCCUUUGCCAUCCUCAGUCGUAGCACUCAACCCGCCAUACGCAUUGCUAACAGAUGUGACAACCAUAUCAACCUCGUCUCAAGGAAAUGCUACAGGGACGCUACCAAUGAUAUCGACAGUUCAAGGCCUAAGACCAAUCCCACCAGCCGUGACGGAGGUUGGAGACCCGAAUGGCCAUCAUGAGAUUCCUGAGCCCAACUUCAGUUCUACACGGCCAUGCAGAGGAUGUUCGCCAGUAUAUGAGAUACCUGCAACAGGGUGGCUUGAUACCCCGGUCGGAGAACAACAUGGCUCUACUAUCCAAGAAGCGCCUGCGCAAGCAACCACGGAAAGACCUCCGCAGGUAACGAUAUCGGCUGGUGCGUCCGACAUUGUCGUCGAUCAAGACCCAAGCGGUGGUGGUUUUGUAGUAGGGGGUUCUCUUACUCUGACGCCUGGCGACACCGUUACCAUUGGAAACACACCUGUGGCGAUCGAGACCUCAGAUGGCAAGACCAAGAUCGUCGUUGGUACUACCAUCAUCUCGUUGCUGCCUUUCCAGUCCGCAGCUACGGAUGUGCCCGUCUCGCAACCACCGAUACCACUUCCACCAAUACUCACUAUUGGUACCAAAACCAUCGCACCAAAUUCGCAGACACAGUACGUGAUCGCAGGUCAAACCCUUCUUCCUGGAGGCGAACCACUUACGAUAUCUGGCACAACACUUGCCCUCGCAUCUUCCGCAACAGCGCUCAUCGUCAACGGAAGAACGACCAGUAUCACCCCGAUCUUUGGCAACGUAUAUACCACAGUUGCAGCUGCUUUAACUUACGGAAAUCAUAUCUACACGCCAAAUCGCGCUGGCUACAUUGUGAUGGGUCCUGGUACAACUCUUGUUCCAGGCGGCGCCCCCGUCACUGUAAACGGCACGACGCUGAGCCUAGAUCAUAGCGGAACUGCUGUAGUCGUACAAGGAGCUACGAGAACCCUUCAACCCAUUACUACAAUCGCCACAUUGACGAGGGAGCCAGAUCCGUUGGGGACAGGGUGCGGUGUAAGUGGAGGGAGCUAUCACGGGCAGUCGAACGGCUAUUUGUACCCCACAGGAGGCCCGGUUAUCGCUGGUACGGUACGAGCCCAUAGUACGAUCGCAGGAAGCUGGCCGGCAGGCUUGCUGUUGCUGGUCUGGUGGGGUGUGGGGAUUCUCACAACCCGACUAUGA